AUGUCCUCAUUAUCUAAUGCUAUCCACGGCCAAUAUGGCCUUCAAAAUUUCAAGGCAGAGGAUUUGAAGCUAACAGAGGACGUCGACGAGGCUGUAUUCUUGCGUUUCUACCAGUUUGCGUAUGCUGGUUCUUACGAAGGGUUCGCUCCAGAUGACGCUAGUGCAACUGAAAACACUGUUAUGACGGGAGACAGCGCGGAACGCGCGAAACCAACUCGCUUUGCAUGCAAUAUCAACGCAUCGUACAUAGCCGCGGCUGCUGGCUGGGCUGAUCGCAAUGCCUGCUGCGACCUCUCUAGCCAGAAGAGAAUGGACACCAUUGUCAAAUUCAUUGACGGCGAGAGCAGCCACGUCGAGUUUCCAGCACAAGGGCAGCAAAGGCGCCUCCAGGUUCAGAGUCAGGGUUUAAGUUGCGGGAAUGACCUCAUUGGCCAUGCUAGGGUGUGGGCAUUUGCUCAACGAUUGGCUCACUGGGUUAUCUUGGUCCAUACGUUCAUGCGGACAUUCGAAAGACUUGUUCAACAUCUGUAUGACAAUCGUGCUACUGAGGGCCAUGCGAUACGACAGCUCGUGGCGCAAUUUGCGGCUUGCGCAGCUGAGGAUAUAACUACCUUAUCGGGCUGGCAUGAGUUGCUGCGGCAGUUUCCAGCAUUUGCCAUUGACUUCGCUCGCGAGGUUACUCGCCGACUCGCCGAACCAAAAACUUGCGCCAAGGAGAAAAUGGAAACCGAUGCAAGAGGCGCGUUAUGA